CACUCUAUUAUUCAACUCAAGACAUGUUAAGAUAAACGUGAACAAACAACAAUUUUUCUGUCUAUGCAUCAAAUGCCUGAAACGACGGUCGAAUUAAAAUUCGGUCUAGCUAUAGAGCUAAAUUUAACUUUCUUUUUUUAAAUUUGAUAUUGUACUUUCGAAUAUAUUUUUCCAGGCUACGGUAGUACGAUUUGUAGUUAAUCGGAAACGUUCAAUAAAAUUAGAAAAUUAGAAAACUUAAGUGAAGAUGAAUCACUUUGCGAAAAAAUCUUGACAUCAAAAUUUUCAGGUUCCCGAUUUCAAUUUGUGAAAUAUACUUGCUGACUUCAGCUUUUCAUUUUUCUUUUCGUUACUUUGACAAAUUUAUAUGGAAAAAAUUGUCAAGUGUUCAUCGAUUAAUUACAAAAUUUAUGCUCUAUUUUCCGGGCUGUUACGUGUCUCAGUUAUUGGCCAUUCACAUCAGUUUCUCUUUUGGGUGUCGUAUUUAUUAGUCUGUGGAAUGGGGGACCGACAGGCGGACUGGAAGAUUGGCUGGUUCAUCUGGUCUGGUGCCAAAGAGGGCAAUCUGAAGGUCAUCCGGGACAUGGUGGAUGAAGGGGCAGACGUGAACUACAAGUACAAUGGAACCACACCACUGCACCAGGCGUGUAUGAAUGGCCACUUAGAGGCUGUGGAGUUUCUGUGUGAGUUUGGGGCGAGUCUGAGCAGAAAAGACGCACACGGGGACACUGCAGUUAGACAUGCCGCCGCCUUCGGACACCUCCACAUUCUACAGUUCCUCACACAGAAAGGGGCAGAGUUGGGCAAUGUGAACAUAGCAGGGGACAGUGCUCUCCAUGGAGCAUGUGCCUACUGUCAGCCGGCCACCGCCCUCUUCCUAUUGGACAGGGGGGCUCAGUGCAAUCUACUCAACAAAGAGGGAAACACACCCCUGCACAAGACUAUGGUAUUCAGCUCGUGGUUCGUGCCUGAACAUCGUAGACUGGCGACUGUGGAAUUGUUGCUGGAUAGAGGAGCUGAUUUGUGGCUCAUCAAUCAUAAUGGACUUACCCCCCGUCAAAUGGCCACUGAGAAAAACAUGCCCUUGUCCAUGUUACAAAAAAUGGCAGAUAUAGAACACAGCCAGCUGAACGAGAGUAAGAUGAGUGUGAUGAAGGACAGACUGGAGUGUCCGGUAUGUCUGGAGAGAUACAGGGUUCCCCGGACACUCCCACAGUGUGGACACACCUACUGCCACAAGUGUCUCAACACCAUGCUCAAGGCCUCAAUCAAACACAAACAACUGCAAGAACAACAACAGCAGCUAAAUCAACAACAGCCACGACAGCAGCAGCAGGACCAUCAAAAAGACAUAGUCAUUGGUUAUGAGUUGAAGUGUCCAGAGUGCAGAUGUGACUACCAGCUGAUGGAGAAGAGUGUGAACAUAUUCCCCAUCAGCAGACCACACGUCCAGGCUGUCUCUUUCUACUGCUGUCCUCACCCCUCAAAACCCCCUUCCGCUCUACACCCCUCGACAACUUCCCGAAAAUGAAAUCGGCCCAUGUUGAAAGUGAAUUAGAAAUCUACAGAC